UGACCGUGAUUUUUACCUUGCAACAACUAGGCAAUUAGUGAUGACGUAUUGCACAAGCCUUGUUGGCAAAUUAUAAAUUUUCUUCAAAAUUUUGCGAAUUUUGGUCAUAAUACGGCUAAACUACAAACAAUUUGGACCACGUAAUUGUUGGUUGUAUCAGUAUCACUUGGAGUUAGGCACAUGAAUGAUGUAGGGCAUCAAACUGUUUCUAAUUGGUGGUCCCAUCUCUUGGCCUCUACCCGAAUGUUUCUCCAAUACUAACAAGACUAAGAAAACUACUGUCAAUAAUGAAUAAUUCACAAGAACGAGGCAAGAACUUAAUGCUGUCUAGUCAAUACGUCCACCAGUACGGAGCAAGGAGUAUCCUCAAGAUGCCGCAAGAACAAGUGAAAGGCAAAGACACCUUUAAAGUGGAGAUGCCUCUUCUUGAAGCCGAGAAACCAAGUGACUUGAUAAUCCUUGGAGUGGACAUUGCUAAGUUUCCGCGAACAUUUCAGUUCUUCAUCUGUACCAUUGGGAUAUUUUUCUUCUACCUGAUAUAUGGAUAUUUUCAGGAGCUCAUAUUCCGACUGGAAGGCUUCAAACCAUUUGGUUGGUACCUGACAUUAGUGCAGUUUGCGUGUUAUUCUGGCUUUGGUCUUGUAGAGCUGCAAUUCAAAGCUGACAAAAGAAGAAGAAUCCCGAUCAAAACCUAUGGGUUGAUUGCCUUCCUCACGGUUGCUACAAUGGGUCUCUCAAAUACAUCAGUGGGCUACCUGAAUUAUCCAACCCAAGUCAUCUUCAAGUGCUGUAAACUUAUUCCUGUUCUCAUUGGUGGCAUUUUGAUCCAGGGUAAAAAAUUUGGUGUGAUUGACGUGUCGGCCUGUGUAUGUAUGAGUAUAGGAUUGAUCUUGUUCACUUUGGCAGAUAGCACGGUUCAGCCAAAUUUUGAUUCUUAUGGAGUUUUGUUAAUCUCGUUGGCCCUAUGUGCAGAUGCUGCCAUCGGUAAUUUUCAAGAAAAAGCCAUGAAACAGCAUAGCAGUAGUAACUCAGAAAUGGUUCUCUAUUCAUAUUCAGUGGGGUUCGUGUAUAUAUUGGUUGGAAUGAUCUUAUCCGGGCAGCUGAUCCCUGCAUUUACAUUCUGUUGGUCGUACCCUAUGAAGACAUAUGGCUAUGCUGUGAUAUUUUCCCUGACGGGAUACCUGGGGCUCAAUUUUGUUCUGACAAUGGUGAAAACUAGUGGUGCUCUUAUUGCUGUGACAGUGACAACCUGUCGGAAAGCUGUGACAAUCAUCCUGUCCUUCCUGUUCUUCACAAAGCCUUUUACGAUGCAGUAUGUUUGGUCGGGUCUUGUCGUCGUCCUUGGAAUCUACUUAAAUAUUUACAGCAAGAAUAAAACAAACAUUGACAACAGCAUUAUCAGUUUCAAGCAUUACGUAACGGAUCGAUUCUUGGAAGUAAAACAUCCGAUCAGAGCAAUGGACAUGUCUGAAGCUAAUGUAGUCUAAGGACCUUUUCUCUCUAAAGUCAUUGCUCAUGAUAGAACAGUGGACGGUGCAAUUGGAUUGAUCAGUUUGUGAUAGAUGCAAAUAGGUUGCGGGUUGAAGGUGAAAUAUUUAUAAUGGAAACAGGUCGGUGGUCACUGAUUGAUUAUUUAAGAAGAAAGCCAUUUGUUUUACAUGUAUCCAAAUAAUUUUUAAACAAAAGACAUGUACUAUAUUAUAUUCAAUGGUCCAGAAUAAAUUGAGUCAAG